AUGCGCACCUCCUUUGUUGCUCUUGCCUGCGCCGUGUUCGGUGCUGUGACCACUGUCGUCGCUCAGGGUUCACCUGAGCUCAUCACCCCCAUAACUGAGAGCGUCAUCGGGUUGCAUCCCUUCGUCGAGUACAAGCGCCCCGGUCAUGUGGUCUCCGAGGACACUGUAGUCGAGGUCUUCUUGCACAACGCAACCGUCACCGCCCAGUUGCUGCCCCAUCCCACGUUCUCUCCUGGGAACGGGCCCCAAGACACUGCUAACGGUACCGUCAACAUUGACCCCACGGUGUUCUCCGAAGGGACUUACGGUGAGAUCCCUCUUCACGUCGUCGCCCAUGUACCAUUUGCGGAGGCUUACCGUUCGUCGGUUCCGUUGUCAGACUUCACGGUCAAGGAGAUCAGCCCCUUCAAGGGCACCGUCGCGAACAUCGGCAUCGUUGUCACCCUUAGCUACGAUGCCUGA